AUGGUCGUGCUAAUUGCAAUCUUUAUCUCUGCCGCAUUACUUCCGAUAAACAGAAUAUAUGGAAUCCACGCUGAUGUCGGACCCAACAAUCAUCAGACCCGUGCAAAACGAGGAGUUUUGAUAACAGAAAAAUAUUGGAAAGAAGGACUUCCUUAUCGAUUUGAGGGGUUAGGUGAUUUUAUGAAGAACGAGUUCAAAAAAGCUGUAAGAACUUGGGAAGAGAACACGUGCGUUAACUUCACGGAAAUUGCACACAGUCCGCCAAACAAAGCUUCCGUUCUUGUCAAAUGGCAUGUAUCAAGGUGCGCUUCUGUUAUUGGAAAAACCGGAUAUCCGGACCAAAGAAUAUAUCUCGCACCGGCAUGUGAAUACGGAAUCAUAGCCCAUGAGUUGGGACACGCGUUGGGACUGGUGCACACACAUGAAAGGCCGGAUAGGGAUAAAUACGUCAAAGUGUUUGUAGACGUCGAUCCCGAUACAAACUUUGACUUUCGUAAUUAUACUAAAGAGGAAGUAGAAACUUACAAUCUAGGAUACGACUAUGGAAGCAUUAUGCAAUACUCAAUGACUGACUACUACGGCAGCUGGGACGAUCCGGCUAUGAUGCCUUUGGAUGGGAGAUACAACUACACAUUAGGAUCAGAAAUCGUAUCCUUCAACGAUUUUACUAUGAUAAAUAAUCGCUAUGGUUGUAGACAAAAGUGCCUAAAGCAGCGAAGGGUGGUAAAAUGUGACAACGGAGGAUAUGAACAUCCGCGCAACUGUUCAAAAUGUCUGUGCCCUAGCGGCUUUGGAGGAGAUUCCUGUAAUGAAAGGCCAAAUGAAAACAAUUGCGGAGGAAUAUUGAAUGCAACGCAGAAAUAUCAGAAACACACGUUUGAAUUCGCAAACGAUCGGUGGGAUUGGCUGGACGGCUUUAAAAAAUGUUAUUGGUGGAUUAAAGCUCCCAAUGGUACCGCCAUCGACAUAAGGGUUAGUACUAUAGAAGACUACCCUUACUCUCCCCAAGGCUGUCGUGCCGCUGGAAUUGAGAUAAAAGCUAACGACGAUCAAACCCUCACUGGUUAUAGAAUAUGCCAUAAAUCUCAAAUCGGCCUCGUGUUUGAGUCUAAGCAUAACCUCGUUCCUAUAAUUACUUUCACAAAGAUGUCAGAUACGAGCAGAUAUACCAUCAAAUAUCGGCAUGGUGAGUUCUUCUUAUACAAUAAACGAUUAUUUGGGCUGAAAAUCGAUAGACAAAUAAAACAGACUCUUGUCACAAUUUGUGCUGUAAAAUAG